AUGUCCUUAUCAAGGUUCUUAGAAAGUGGAAUUACUUCAGAAUUUUCAGAGUUGAAUAUUUCUGAAGAAAAAGAGAACAUUGAAUUACUUACACCACGUGCAAUGAAAAGAUGCAGUCGCAAAAAGACAUCCAACACGGUGUCUAACAAGUUUGAUGAAAAACUGGUUGAAAAUGUAAGUUUUCUAAAGUCCUUAGAUGCCUACUUCUUACAACAUGGAGAUUUCAUGAACGAUAAAACAAGUAAUCAUACUCUGUCCAAACUUCGUGUUGGAAAUCAUCCUGGAAUACCUGAUCCAUUACCUAUUUUGGAGAAAUUGCGGUCAGAAUUAGGUACACGCUUAUUUAGUAAUUGGACAAUUUAUUUGCGUGAAGGAUUUAAUAUUCUAUUAUAUGGAAUCGGAUCCAAACGACAUGUUAUGGAGGAUUUUCGAAAGCGAUAUUUAUCUAAAGCAAAUUGUAUUGUGAUCCCAGGUUAUAAUCCUUCAACCAAUAUACGACAAAUAUUAAAUUGCAUCUGUCAUGAAUUCUUGCAUGUUGCAGAUAGUUGUAAAAAUCCAACUGAACAACUUCAAUUGAUAUGUGACUUAUUCAAAAAAGAUG